ACCACAAGACGAGACCAGCGCGUUAUAUAGCUUUGGUCAACAACUGCUUCAAAAAUAAAAAAAACAAAUACCAUGUUGUUGUACAUUUAAUCCUUUAAUUAAUCUAUUAUAAGGACUUAUUCAAAUACUUUUAUUAUUAAUAAUCCAUAAAUCCAGGUCAUUUCAAAGUCAGUCAUACCAAUAUACAAAAUAUAUAUAUAGGUAAAGCCUCCUUUCUUCUCACCAUCUUCAACUCUCAAAAGUAAAAGAACAAACAACUCCUCAAAAUGGCCACCGGAAAUGUAAUCCAUCACCACCACAACAUCGCCGCCUUCUGCAAGAACCGUCUUCCGGCGGCCGCCUCCACACACCAGCAAGCCACCACAAUCGACAAAAACGCACAUCGAAAGCCGCCUUCGAACAGAGCGAUCAAACUAGCGGAAUCAUUGUCCAACAUGUUGCAUAUCCACCUAGACACCACCACCACCGCCCAUAAAACCCUCAACAGAUCGAAUUUGAAUCUCUCCACCUUCCACGAGAAACACGACACUCCUGCCACGUCACCCAAAGAAGACAUCUCCGACAAAUGGCGCGAAUUCCACGGUUCCUCCGAUUGGCAGAACCUCCUCGAUCCCCUCCACCCCAGCCUCCGCCGCGAAAUCGUCAAGUACGGCGAGUUCGCGCAGGCAACCUACGACGCUUUCGACUUCGACCCCUUCUCCGAAUACUGCGGCAGCUGCAAGUACAACCGCCGCAAGCUUUUCGAGAAAUUGGGCCUAACCAAAAAUGGCUACAACGUGACCAAAUACGUACACGCAAUGUCCCACAUCGACUUGCCACAGUGGCUCGAGAAGUCGCACUUGGUCGAAACGUGGAGCAAAGACUCCAACUGGAUGGGGUUCGUCGCCGUCAGCGACGACCAGGAAUCCCGGCGGAUCGGCCGCCGGGACAUCGUCGUCUCGUGGCGGGGCACGGUGGCCCCGUCCGAGUGGUACGACAACAUGCAGCGAAAACUCGAGCCCAUCGGGCAAGGCGACGCGCGUGUCGAGCACGGAUUCCUCAGCAUCUACACCUCCAAGAGUUGCACCACGAGGUACAACAAAACAAGCGCGUCGGAACAAGUCAUGGCAGAAAUCAAGAAACUAGUAAAAUUCUACGAAAACAACGGCGAGCAAGUCAGCCUCACCAUCACAGGACACAGCCUCGGCGGCGCGUUGGCACUGAUCAACGCGUACGAGUCCGCCAAGAACUUCCCGGGCCUCCCGAUAAGCGUGGUCUCAUUCGCGGCCCCGCGCGUGGGGAACAUCGCCUUCCGGGACGAACUAUACCAAAUGGGGGUCAAAACAUUACGGGUCACUUCGAAACAGGACGUGGUGCCCCGAAUGCCCGGAUUCGUCCUCAACGAAAGCCUGCAGAGAUUCGAUGACAUCACCGGCACCCUGGAAUGGAUUUACACGCACGUGGGGGUGGAAUUGAAGCUCGACGUUCGAUCAUCUCCGUAUCUGAAAAAGGGUCUGAAUUUGGUCGGAUUCCACAUGCUGGAAACGUACCUACAUUUGGUUGACGGGUUUCACAGCAGCGAAUCGGGUUUCCGGGUCGAAGCUAGAAGGGACGUGGCGUUGGUGAAUAAGGAAUGCGAUAUGCUUGUUGAUGAACUCAGGAUACCUCACAGUUGGUACCAAUCCGCUAAUAAAGGGCUCAUCCAAAACCAUCAUGGUAGAUGGGUCAAACCCGUUAGAGACCCGGAAGAUGUACCGUCACCCACGGCGGUGGAUUCACGCGCUGGUGGUGUUCUUGAAUUGGAAUAUGUUUAAUUUGGCGCUUCAAUUUGAUUUUAGAACACAAAUUCUUUUUUGUUUUAUUUAUGUAAUAAAAAGUAACAUUGUACAUCACAAAUUCUUUGGACAGUGUUUUCAUGAGAAAGUAUUUAGAAAAGUAACAAUGUAAUAAAAAGUAACAUUGUACAUCACAUAUUUAUGCUUCACAUGUAAUUAAUUAAUUACAUGUGAAGCAUAAAUAUGUGUGUUGAUUUAAUUUGGUUAUAUUGAAUUAUAUUAA